AUGUCAACCCAGGAACCCAGCACCACCGACUCGGACCUCUCCGCCUCGUUUACAACCAUCACAUUCGACCGCCCACUCCCCUUGCUCCGCGGUCCGGUCCGGGCCGCCCCACCCGACGACCCGUCGUCCGGCCCGUACGUCCUGGCGUUCCGCGACCCGAAAGCCUGGGCCCGCGCGUACAGCGCGUGCGAGGUGAAGAUCAUCCACCAGUGCGAGGGCGGGUCGAGAAUCGGGUGCGCAAUAAGCGCAGCGAGCAAGUGUAAGCCGCCGUGGUGGCGGUUCCUGAUUGGCGGGAAAGCGCCGGACUUGAAGGAGAGGGCGGAGUGCGAGGAGAGAGAGACGGAGGGGUGUGUGGUGGCGGCGAAGGAGAAGUGCGUUGGGUUUGCGAGGGACAAGUGUGUGGGGCCCUUUAGGGAGGCUAGGGUUUGUGGGGUGAGUAAGAAGCAGGCGGAGGAGAUGGUGGGGUGGGUGAGUGUGAUGGGUAAAAGUAGGUGGGUGGGUUUGAUUGGGUUGGAGAAAUGUGGGUUUGGGGCGACGAAUUGUAGGGCGGGUGAGCUGGUUGGGUAUUCCGGCGAGGUUGAUCGGGUUUUAGGGGGCGGGACGGAGACUGUAUAG